AACACCUGGUCCGCAAUCCGCCUCCACCUCCAACGCCCCCUCGCCGAAUGUCUCGGCACAACAAUCUUCAUCUUCCUCGGCAUCGCCGGCAACCUCUCCGUCCUCACCUCCUCCUACCAAACCGGCACCAUGCAAUCCAUCUACUGGUGCUGGGGCUUCGCCGUCAUGCUGGCAAUCUACAUCGCAGGCGGAGGGUCCGGUGCCUUCCUCAAUCCCGCCUUGACGAUCAUGUUAACGAUUUUCCGAGGCUUUCCCGCUCGUCGAGUGCCCGUGUAUGUUUUUGUGCAGGUGUUGGGGGCUUUUGUGGGGGGGUUGAUGGCGUUUGGGGUGUAUAGGGAUGGGCUUGUGCAUUUGGGUGGUGGAGGGGGGUUGAUUUCUGAGACGACCGGGUCUGCGUUCUAUACCGAACCUAAAGAAUGGGUGAGCAAUUCCACCGCUUUUUUCACGGAAGUGUUGGGCACGGCUGUGAUUGCGUGUUCGAUUCUCGCUUUGGGGGAUUCGAGUAACAGUCCGCCCGGGGCGGGAAUGCAUGCGUUUAUUAUUGGACUUUUGACGACGGCGGUGACGAUGUCGUUGGGGUGGAGUACCGGUGGGUGUUUUAAUCCGGUGAGAGAUCUGGGACCGCGUUUGGCGACGAUUGCGGCUGGGUAUCCGGUUUCCAGUUUCUCGGCGAGGGAUCAUUGGUGGAUUUGGGGGCCGUGGUGUGCGACGAUUACUGGGGCGUUGGUUGGGGGUUUGGUGUAUGAUGUUUGUAUUUUUAAGGGUGGAGAGUCUCCGGUGAAUUAUUCUUUUGGGAGGUGGAAGGUCGAGGGGUUGAAGAGGGAGCAGGGUUUGGCUGGGAUGUUUGGAAUGCAUGAGAAGGAAGGCGAGAUUGAGAGAAAAUUGGAGAGUGGCGAUAUUCAUGAUGAUCCGAAAUUGACGGAGAUGUAA